GAAGGUGGUGAUGGUGAUGGCGGUGAUGGUGAUGGUGGUGGCGGUCUGGGCGUCAGUACACUGCGUCAGUAGCGGCGGAUCACCUGCCGUGCACGUGCUUUGUGCGUCCCCUCGUGUGCGUGUCUGUGUGCGUGGUAUACAUAAGCGUGUCUGUGUUCCCCGAGUGCUGGGUGCCGUGCGUCGCCCUCCCCUCAGGCGGUGUCCCUCUUCCAGCACGCCCUCACCCACGCGGGCGUGGUGGCGUGAGUCACAGCCGCCCACGGGACACAGCCUCGCUCGUCCGCCCACCUCAACACCUCGGAUUCCAAUCAGUGAACAGUGACGAACUUAGGCAUAUAAGUACGAAAAUAAAUAAAUAAAUAAAUAAAUACAACAGGAAAUAAAAACAAGAGGAAAACAACUGCAAGCGAAAAGGAAAAAAAAAAUAAAUAAAUAAAUCUAUGUAGAAGCGAAAGAAACUGAAACGAAAACAACAAAAAGGAAGAAAAAAGAAAAAGAAAACAAUAAAAAAAAGCUGAAAAAAGGAAGAAGAAGAAAGAGAGGAAAAUAAAGGAGAAAACAAAUAUACGAAGUGAAAAAGGAAAAAAAAAUGAAGUGAAACUAAACGAGAAAAGGAAAAAGCAAGAAAAAAACAAGAAACAAACAAAAACAAGAUGAAUAAAUAAAUAGAAAACGGGAAGAAACCAUUAAUAACAGAGAGAAAGAGAAAAACACACAAAAAAUAUAUAUACUAAACAAAACAAACACAAUAGGAACUUUCCCAACUAUUGUUUCUACGGUGUGUGUGUGUGUGUGUGUGUGUGUGUGUGUGUGUGUGAAGGAGAGGGAGGGCAGUGUGCGAGUGGCCCUAUACACCUUGUGAUUGGCUCCUUACCUGCGCCGUGUUUACCUGAGCCGCAAACAUGGUGUACAGGUGUGAGGAGGUGCUGCUCUCCUACAACAAAUUCAACGAGACGAAGGACCAGUGGGACAGCAUCGCGGGCCACACCCAGAAGGGCAUCGGGUUUCUGGAGCAGUAUGGCCACUUCGUCAAGGAGCGAUGCCAGAUUGAGCUCGACUACGCCAGAGGACUCAGGAGACUGGUCAAAACCUACCUGCCAAAGAAGAAAGAAUGCGAGGACCCACAGUUUACGAGUGUGAAGGCGUUCCGGGAUGCUGUGAGUGAGACAGCAGACCUGGCGGGGCAACAUGAGGUGAUCUCCGAGAACCUGACCACAGUGGUGCUGGCAGAGAUUGCCUCUCUCAUCAAGGAGAUGAAGGAAGACAGGAAAAAGCACCUUGCGGAUGGUGGACGCGUGCAGCAGCAGUUGAGUCAGUCAUUGCAGCAGCUGGAAAAAUCAAAGAAGAACUACGAAAAGGCGUUCAGGGAAGCAGAGAAGGCGCAAGAGAACUUCCUAAAGGCAGAUGCUGACCUGCACCUGUCCCGAGCUGAGGUUGAGAAGCAGCGGAUGAAUGCCAGCAUCAAGAGUCAGCAGUGUGAGGAUAGUAAGAAUGAAUAUGCCAACCAGCUGCAGAAAACCAACCAGCUGCAGGGGGACCACUACAACACCGUCAUGCCAGGCAUUUUCCAAGGCCUCCAGGAUUUGGAUGAGAAAAGGAUCAAUAACUUCAAGAACCUCCUGAAGAAGAGUGUUGACAUUGAGCGUGCGGUCUUCCCUAUCAUCAACAAGUGCCUUGAUGGAAUAGUGUCGGCUGCAGACUCUAUAGAUGAGAAAUUUGACUCGCAAUUGGUAAUAGAACGAUACAAAUCAGGCUUCACUCCCCCGGGUGACAUCCCGUUCGAUGACCUGAGCACUCCAAGACAGAAUGGCGACUCCACACCCACAUCCCACCCUCCCAUCAGGCAGGACACCAUCAAGGGCACCAUAUCUGCAUCCAAGCUCAAGAAGCGUGGCGGCAUCUUUGGGAUCUUUGGCUCAAAUAAGUACCCUUCCUGUGGCUUCUUGAUACAUCAUAACCAUACUGCCAAAAAGAACAAUUUCUCAUUCUCCGAAAAGGAGGACUUCAGUGACCUGCCACCCAACCAGCGGAAGAAGAGGAUUCAACAGCGGAUUGAUGAUGUCACCACAAAGCUCCACCAGGAAACAGCUGCCAAGGAUGGUCUGCUGAAAAUGAAGGAAGUGUACGAGGGAAAUCCUUCACUGGGAGACCCCAUGAGCAUAACAGGGCAGCUCAGUGACUCGUGCCAAAGGAUUGAGAAGCUGCGAACCGAGCUGCAGCGUUACCAGGCCAUGCUAGAUGAUGUGGAUGGGGAUGGAAUAGGUGGUGGAGGUGCUGCAUCCGGUGGCCCCUCAACACCCAACGCCUCCCUUGCCCGGCACCACAGCAACGUCAUGUCCCCACACCACCACCACAACGGAGGCGCCUCCCCAAGGUCCUCUGUCACUUCCCACCGUACCUCCCUCAGCGACGAGUCCCUCUCCCGGUCAGCCUCUGAUUCCUCCGUCUGCACCAACCCCCCCUCCAACAACACCACCUCCACAACCACCACCACCACCACCUCCACAGCCACCAACUCCCUCCAUCAUGGUCGGGCUACCACCACCACAACCACCACCACCACCUCCUCCACUACCACCAACUCAUGUGGGGAGGGUGGCAGGUCUGCCCAUCCUGACCCCCUGCCCUCUCAGGGCUCGUCUCAUAGCCCGGAGAGCGGCAUCGGCCUCAGCCACAACUCGCUGCCUGGGUCCGACACCUACGACCAGCCAGACACGGGGGAGGACGAGAAUGGGGAAUUCUACGACACUGAGCCGCUGCCCAUCAUUGGCACCUGUCGAGCCAUCUAUAUCUUUGAAGGCACCAGCGAGGGCAGCAUGAGCAUGGCAGAGGGAGAGGAGCUGAAUGUGAUAGAGUUGGACCAGGGUGAUGGCUGGACCAGAGUCAGAAGGAUGUCCGAGUUUGAGGAGGGAUUCGUACCUACAUCGUAUAUUGAAAUGUCGCUCUACAAUAACUGUUAAACAUUCCUGCUCCUUAGGACUACAAGUUGGUAACAUUAGUGGCAGGCUGUCAUGCAUUUUGCUAAAGAAUUGGGGAAAGAAAAUUUUAAUAAAGAAUUAUCAUGCCAAGAGGUUUAGCAGGACCCAGGAAUGACCUGUCAUAAUAAUGAAAAACUCUCAUAAUAAUAAUCGUUCUUGGAAGUCAAGGAGCUUGGUAGUAGUGCAUAUAAGUAUUGUGCAUUGUGGCACUGGAUGCCCAUCUGUCAGUGAUGUGUGUUCAGGCCAUCCCAAGUCAUCGCUUGCAAGAAGGAACACCCUCUAGUGCUCAAUACGACAGGAUCCCUCCAUCAGUGUUGUCAGGAAGACAUCAUUUGUAGCAGCAGUCCUCUUGCCUCUCAGAACUUCAGGUACCCAGGUACAGAUGUGUGCAGGGAUGAUGACUUCAUUUUUAGGAAAAAGUUAUUGGACAUGAAUGUUUAGCAUAGGUUGAUUUUGUUUCUUUUUUUCUGAGUAUGGACUCCAAGGAAAGUACCAUACAUUAGUUUCUUUUAUUUGAACCAUAAUGUAAGAGUGGAAUAUGUUAUUUUUUAGUAAUGCUCAUUUCUCACAGUCAUCACUUGAGGAAGGGAAGUGGAGGGUGCAGUGGGGCAACAGUGGCAUGCGUUGUCCUCUGUCUUGGCCCGCCUGUCAGCAUUGUGCCAUUGCAACACCAGAAAUCCAAUCUAAUGAAUAUCUGUUGUACAUAGAAUUCAUGACAUAUUUGGCAUUUAGCUUUGGCACACCAUUAUCUUCUCUUUUUCCCCAAUGGCUUUCUUGUUCUGUAAUGCCCUUGUGUCUGUCUGUACACACAACUGACACAACAGAGCAGCAGCCACAGCAUGCAGAGGUGACCCUGUAUCUGCAGUGCUCCACCACGGCACGGGCCAAGCUACCGGUAUAUUUUUAACUAAAUAUUGUUUAUGCUUAUUGGCAGUACAGGAAGAACACCAUCAUGCUGUGCUGGCAUCAGUACACCAUGUACUACAUUACUCUGCCUUUUUUUUUUUUCUUAAUAGAUGAUUAUUUAAAGUUCAAGCAGGGUGAUAAAUGGUGUAGUCCAUGGAAAUAUUUUAAAUAUUGACAUUUUGUUCCAAAGUUUGCCAGUCUGCAAGUAUAUUGCAUUUAAUGGGAAGAAGUUCACCUUAUCUUUCAUUAAUUUUCUUGAAGAAAAUGCCUUAUGCAGUGUAAAAACAUUUCUCCUAAAACCUCAUGUUUACAAUGCUGAUAGUAAUUACAUCUGCACUUUUGUGUGUGUGUGUGUGUGUGUGUGUGUGUGUGUGUGUGUGUGUGUGUGUGUGUGUGUGUGUGUGUGCACAUAUAUAAGUGCAUAAAUAUGGCACUGUGCAUGUAUGCAUGUACAGUGUGUGUGUGUGUGUGUGUGUGCGUGUGUUUGUGUGUGUGUGUGUAGGGAAUAUUGGAAAUGAAUUAUAACCUUAAUUUUCUGUGUACUGUACUGAAUAAUGUUUAUGAAGCUGCAUUUUAUGUCUGGCUGUGCAUUUGUGAAUCAAUUUCAUAUACAGAGAGAGAGAGAGAGAGAGAGAGAGAGAGAGAGAGAGAGAGAGAGAGAGAGAGAGAGAGAGAGAGAGAGAGAGAGAGAGAGAUACACCAUCAUUUUCUUGGAAUUAUGAAUGAUGUCUGACCAAAUGUCACAAAGUUAUAUUAUGAUUUUAUUGUAGACCUGUAUAGUGUUUUUACUGCAUUGUCUGGGCCUCACAUGCUCAGGCAUCUGCUGGCUUGUGAAUAGCAGGGCUGGAAUCAUUGUGCACUUCUGUGAAGUGUGAUAAUAUUCAAAGGGUAAUAUCUCUUACCUGUAUGUAGCAAAGCUGAUAAUGCUCUUUGGGGUUUCCUUUUUAUAUUAUCUCUAAGUGCGUUGUCAUGAUAUGUAGAAGCAACACACAAACCCUAGCGUCAAAUACCAGGUUAGUUUUUGGUCAAGCAGAGUAACACGUUAUUGUCAAAGCAGGAAAAAUACUGUGAUUUAAUGGUAGCAUGAAAAUACUAUUAUGGAUUUGUAAUUGACAAUAAGGAAUGACAAACACUUACCUAAGCAAAACCUUGCAGAGUAAUUGCUCAUUAAUAUAUAAAACCAUCAGUGAAAUGAAAAAUAGACCACAGACAAUAAAUGAUAAUGUAUAUAAUAGUAUGCAAUGAAUCAAUACAUUACAUCAUAUUGUUAGAGUAUGUUGUUAUGUACUUGAUUGCCUCUAAUUCUGAAGGGAUUAAAGAUAUGAUUGCUUGUUUACCUACAUGAAAAAAUCAUACAUGAUAUUAGUAGCACUUUUGUUUGCCAUAUACAGUGAUCAACUAUCUUGUCAGUGAAGUGAAGCUGAGUUGCUAAUUCUGUCACAGUCUUCUCUUGUUUUCUUCCUGGUCAUGAGUCAGUGUUUCCUAAUGCAGCAGUGUUGAGCGCAGUGCUUCAAGGAGCAGUAUCAGCAGCAUGUGACAUUUAUACCCAAUUUAUAUUAUGAUUUUGUCUUCUUGUUCAUUGUAAACACAUCCCUGUAUGCAAGAUCAACUAUUCCAUCUCAUUGUAACCUCAAGAGACAGAAUAUGUUGAAGCAUGCAUAAUGCCCUGUCUCAUGCCUGAAGUCAACUCUCCCAGAAGGGCAGUUCUGUGCACACAACACAGAGUGUGGCUACAGGUAUGAGUUAGACAACACAGGGACAGGCUGUGACUGAUGAGGGUGGGCAGGUCUGCUGCUGCUGCCACCUGUCUGUCAAGUGAGACUGAUGCACUCACCCAGCCAUAUCUGAACAAGAGAUGCAACUCUUUCCAGCUAUUGAGAACUAUAUCUGGAAAUAUCCCCAUACUCUUAUUGGUUAACAGUUUAAGUGCAGAUUCUAUAUGAUUACUCGUGUACAUUUUAUUUGUAUUUUGUAUAUAUAUUUUUGUAUCAUUGUAUCAUAGUGUGUUUUUAUAGCAGUCAUUAAGGAGAUGCUUUUUUUUUUUUUUUCUUUUUUUUUUUUUUUUUUUUCUUUUUCCUUUCCCUCUUCUUCUUCUAUAUGCUUAUCAGGGAAUCAUGAGACACUAGCAGAUGAUGAUAACAAUGCUUGGCUUUCCAUGUCAGCUUUGUAGUUAAUCCCUGGUAAAUGAUGUAUUAAUAUUAUUAUAUCAAUAAUAAAAAUGCAAUGUCCGUU